UUUACAUGCUUUACAUCUGUGCAGACAGACCCCAGAGACAAGUGUGUGUGUGUGUGUGUGUGUGCAUACAGAGUCUCCAUGUAUUUCUGGGAAUGGAUCUAAGAAUAUAUCAUGGAAAUAUUAACAAGCAAACCUGUGAGCAGUUGCUUUCCAAGAAGGGGAAGGAUGGAACUUACUUGAUUCGAGAUAGCGAGACCAUCCAGGGUGCCCUAUGCCUCUGUGUUUACAAACAGAAGAUGGUCUAUACCUACCGAAUUCUGCAGACCCACACAGGACAGUACACUUUACAGGCUUCUGCCGGUGUACAGGAGAAGUUCUUCAAGACACUGCAGGACCUCAUCAAAAACUACAAGACACGUGGCCAGGGUCUGGCCAUGAACCUCCGUCAUGGUGUAAAGAGGGAGAGUCCACCACAACAGAAACAUGUCCAGGAUGAAUCACCUGACUAUGAGGAAGUGGAAGAUUCGUCGGACUACGUUGCUGUCCUGCCAUCUUGAAUAUGUUCAAUGACCCCCAUCGUCCUGCUCCUUUGAUUUGACUGUGGACACAUUGAUGGCUAUGUCCUAUGAACUUCUAUGUCAUCAGUGGAUGUCAGGAACUUGCCUGUUCCAUGAAUGGCCACACAAAGGCCGGUGUCUCACUGCAGUCAGAAGCAAGCAUCCAGUCUUAAGCAUUUGUGUACUCAAGUUUUCACCUUCUUUCUUUUCUACUAAAUACAUUUUUUUAAUGAAACUGCAUUUAGUUUGCAAGUGAAAAAUAUCAAGUUUAUUGUUAGCUGUCAUCCAGUCUUCGACAUUUGUGUAGUCAAGUUUCCAUAAGCUUUCUUUUCUACUAAAUACAUUUUUUAUGAAACUGCAUUUAGUCUGUAAGUUAAAAAUACCAAGUUUACCGUUAGCUAUGGAUAUGGAUAUUGUUUCCCACCCAAUUAUCUUUGUAUAACUUUGAAUCUACAAACAUUGUAUUUCACAAUGCUAUAUUUGUGCAUCCAACCUUGAACUGAAAAAAUUAGUUUUUUUAUUAGCAUGUUUCUUUAAAUGUGCUUCCUAUAAUCUCAUUGGUUCUGAAGUCUUAACUGGUGUUAUGCUUUAAAUCUUUGGGUGAGUUGGCUUGAAUUAUUAACUUGUGAAUGCGUGAAUCCAUAUAUUUUAAGCCCGAUAUUUUAACAACCCAUAUUUUACAAAAUAAAUCUACGAUGAAGGUUAAUCCACAGAAAUGGAAAUGGCCGUUUCCGUCUUCAUCCCGGAACUCCUCUUAAACGAAGCAAACUCACAAACGCCACCAACACUACAUCUUUCAGCAGAAAUAUGCAACUGUUUCACAAACCCAGUUGCAUCAGCCCGCCAUUACAUCUGUGCCACUCACCACACCAUGUGCAUUUCCCUGAGCUUUCAUAGAAAUCAAAUGGGUGUAACCCCACCCCACAGGAACACCUGGUUCACAUCACUUGAGGCCAGCCACCAAUUAUAAAAAGAAAUGGAAAGGGGAUUAUGUGUGUGUCCGAAUGUCUUACGUACUUGUAACACAAUGCAAUGAAAUAUUCUAGUAUAAUUAUAAUAGUAUACUGUAUCUAUAAUCGGGCACCAGAAUGGAUGUGCACUUUUAAAAAUAAAAAUGAAAGACGCAGUAAAAAAUUUGGACAUGGCUGAACCUGAUCAAUGGUGCAUCAUAGUAGGCCUAGAUUAUUUUAAAAAAUACAGAAGAGUGCUGAUAAACGCUAUUUCUGUGCUACGGAAAGCAAACAGACACAGUUCCUAAAGUGGUUCUUCUAUAUAAUGAAAAAACGUGGGUCAGUUUGUUAAUAGUUCUGUUGUUUCACUUCUCGAUCUGUACUGUGAUGUUGUUCGAGAAAAUUCUGCAAUAUAGAGCUUGGUGGGAAAAAUGUUUAUUAGGUUUCAAUUGGUUUUAAUUUUACAGGAUCACCUUGAAUCCUUUAAAUAAAAGAAUAUAUAUUACUUGUAGUCAUGGUUAAUGGUAUUAGUUUCAAUGAAAAUGUCAGAGCCUCCAAGCAAACGGCUAUUUUAAAAAACCCCAAAAAAAACAGGAAGUGGUAGGACUGCCUGUUGAUGGUGGCUUGAUCAUGUCACCGUUGAGGGCAGGCAAGUGGAAACUGUGACUUUCUUCGUUCAGUGCUGCACAUCAUGACAACUUUGAACAAUGUUAACCUAAUAACCAAAUAAAAAGCAUGCAAAAAUAAUAAUAGCUAUACUUUUUAUUUUGCAUCAUGUGGCAAAAUGGUGAUGUGUUGAGCAAGCGUGAAAUACUUGAAAUGCAUAACAACAGUUGACAUAAGUGCAAAAUAUAGGCCAGUUAAAUGAAAUAUUCCUCAUAUUCAUUUCUCAUUAACAAGUGUUCUGGGUUUGAACACGCACAUCCAAUGUACCAUAGCUACAGGUGCUGUGCGGAGUCCAAAUUAAUAGGAAAAAACAUAGUUUGGUCGAAACAUUGCAGUGUUGUACUUAUUUGGGAGCAUCUUUCAUUAGCUACAGUAUGAUGACUUCAUGUUUUUCUCAUGAAAGUGUUGCCAUAUGUUUCCGCUGAGUCCAAAAAUGAACCAGUUGUAUUUGGUUCUGUACACAGCACAUGCUAGCAUACUGGCAUACUAUCUAAUGUUUUACAGGCUGUUCAGUUUAAGGUGUUCCACACUGUUCUAUAAAAUGUGUUGCACACUGUUCUGUAAAAUACAUCACAGUAUGUUACAGAAGAAUAAAAACAUUUUCCUCA